AUGGCCCAAGUUCUGGACUUGGUCCCCUGGCCCCAGGAUGCCAGCCCUAUCUGUGCAGCGCCUGGCGUUCUAAUUCCCCUGGAGCCCAAGAAGAUUAUGUUAGCUGGAGUGAAGGACCACCUCUACCACCCCUGCUUGCCAACACUGAGGCGCAUGGACAUGGACACCGUUGCCAACAGGCUCUCAGACGAGCACUCCAGGACCACCACCACUUGCUCCAAAGAGGAUUUUCAGAGAGCGACCUUCACCUUGGCUGGAGUGCCCAGCAAGCGCCUCCCCUCCCUGGGCAUGACGGAGCUGGGCAAGUCGCUGACCGCCAGGUACCGAGCGGGGAAGAUGGCUCCGCUGCCGCCCAGCACCAACCAGGAGGAGUGGCCCAGCUACACGCGCGCCAUGGAGGACUGGUCCCGCUUCGUCUCCGCCGCGGGGGAGUUCAAGCUCCCGAGCCUGAAUAGGAAAGUUCUUGGAUUCAGCUGUUACGCUGUGAGAUACUUGAAACCAGAUGUCACGCAAACCUGGCGGUAUUGCCUCAAUCAGAAUCCCAGCCUGGAUCGAUAUGGACCGAAGCCCAUUCCAUACAACACCGUGAAUACCUACAGGAGCUUUGGAACUGCCCACAGGAAAUGUCGCUCCCAGCCACACCCAUACAGACCCCUGGUAAUGGGCAGGACAGAAUCUGUUCCCCCAAAGCUGCAGGAAUUUAGCCCUUUCUCCUCCAUGAAUACUGUUGGGACUCUGCACUGGAGGGCCGUUGCAGGGGAGAACCUGCUUCUACAUCCCAGAUGGAAAGAUCAGGAUUAUUUGGCUGACCACGAAAACCAAAACCACGUCUCCAUUUUCUAGACCCAUGAUGGAGGCUCAGCCUUAAACUCCUACCCUGGUUGAAUGGAAGCCCAUGGAUUGUUUUCCAUUAAAACUUCAUUCUGUAACAUAAAAAUGGGCAACGUUCAUUGGCUUUUCUGUGGUUCUGCAUAUUUUUAGCUCUUAAAAUAUUGUUCAUUGCACAAGCACCAAUUUAAGCAGAGGGCUUCCUAGUCCUGAAGAAUCACUUGAAGUGCCAGAGGAGAUCCUGCAGGAGGGAGCCCGAUGGACAAAGACUUGGUUGGGGCUCCCUGCUUGAUUUUGCCUGCCCGGAACAGCCUGUAGGUGAGCUCAAGCAGGAAGGUCUCCUUAGAGACUGUAGCUUCAAAGGCAGGCAGCUCCUUGGCCUCUGUGCCUCGGAUUUCAAGCUGCCGCUGCCGCUGCUUCACCAAGACACGGACUGCCUGUUACUUUCUGAAGGUAAGAGCGUAUUAACAGCUUUCCCAAGGAAACAGAAUGCUUGUGCCAGGAAGGGGUGCUGACUGCUGGGACUGAGCUGACCCUCCAGUCUGCACCCCUGUGGCCCUUCAGUAGGGCCCAUGAGCAAAGAACGGCCAUUUCCUUGAAGGACCAGCCCUGCUUUAUACCAGCCUGCCAAUCUACUGGGCAAGGGCAGCAGGAAACAAGUCACCAGUAAUAGUCCUCGCCCAAUUCGGCCUUGCUUCCCAUGAACAUGGGAUGAGCCAUGCCUGACUCUCACACUGGGAUCUGGGUGUCCCAAAGAAUAUUCAGAAUUAAGCUCGAAGAAAAGGCUCGAGCAAGAAGGGAGGUGUGGCAGAGACAAAAAGUAAAGCAAAACAGGCUCCAGCAGAGGACAGGCAACUAAGCAAAAGGGGAAGCAUUCAGUGGAGAAGGUUACAGAAACCCCCAGAGAAAGGAAGCACACAAAGAUGACGGAAAGAAAGGCUGUCCAACCCUUGGCUCUCAGGAAAGGCAGGGGUCUGGGGACCUGUUUCUAUUUCACAAUAUCCUGCUUGGCAGGCUCUGGGCAAAGCCUUUC